AUGCUGUCUUCACCCCCCCAGUCACUUCCUCAGAGAUAGAGAGACACACAGAAGGAGUGGAAGAGAGAGAAAGAAAGAAGGAAGCCAUUUUGGUUCCUCGGUGGCAUGUUCGCUUUCGUCUCUCUGCCGUCUUUAUGCAGAAAGUGUUGAGCUGAUUUGAGGAAGUCAAACUUUUUGAAGACGGUUGGCAGUUAUUUUAUUUUCUGCGUCUUUAUUAGAAGUUUGGUUUGUGCGUUUUGGCAGGAAGGAGCGAAGAACGAGGCCCGUCUGUCAGUCGGAGACAGUCGGACGUCCACUGUACGAAGAAGAAGACGGACAUCAAAUCUGCGAAGAAAAAGUUGAAAGUCUCACUCCGAUGGUGUUCUUCUCUCAUUAGAACAGAAGUCUUCAUUUCGACACCAGCUGGACGGACGUCUUGUCUUCGAGAAGUGAGGUGGACGCAGGAUGAGCUCUGACCGAGUGCCGUCCAGGUCGGUGGUGAUGGGCUGGAGCCCACAGCAGCUGGCGGACUAUCUGAAGAGGAUGAGUCUCUCCGGCUGUGAUAAAGUUGUGUUGAAGAACUCCAUCAGCGGCUCCAGAUUUGUGAAUCUGACGGACAACGACCUCCAGAAGUUCCCAAAGCUUCACGCUCCGCUGAUCUCCAAGAUCAGCACUGAAAUCAGCAAGAAGGAGGAGAGACGAGGCCUCUUCAGUAAAAAAACGACUCCCAAGUAUCACGAACCAGACGCGGCUGCUGACGUCCAGGGUUGGGCUGAAGAUGAGUUCGACGAUGAAGAAUUUGAUGAUGACUAUGAGAGUCCGUACAGUGGUGAUGAGGACGGCAGCGGGGGAGACUACGAGUCCCCCAAUGAUGACCUAGACGGGGCCAACGAUUAUGAACCUCCUCCCUCUGAACCUCCAGAGGACCUGGGUCACAAGCUGUGCCCCACCCUGCCCAUUGGAGACAGUGAUUACAUAGAUAACAGGGAUAAUCAUGUGUCAUCCCGAGGCCUCCCCCCUGCUGUGUGUCCCCGCCCCCCAGCAUCCACGCUGUCUGUCCCGUCUCCUCGGAUGGCCGGAGAGUCGUCCUCCAGAAGAGACCACUCCCCUCACUGUGCAGGACGGCCAUCAGGAAAAGUUACUCCGGAGCCGCCGCAGAUCUUUCGUGGCAACAAACCGGGCCGAGAUUCAGGAUCCAACUCGUCCCCCAUCAGAGGACCUCAUCGCAACACAGUGGACAGGCCGGGCACACAUCCUUGGAGGCCUCAGCCGGACGUCCCUGAUCCUCCCACCUGGUCCAAACCUCCUGUUCUUCCUCCAACCUCCACCUCCAUCAGCAGGAGCAACUCCUCAGCCAGACCUCCUCCCGGCAGGUUCGAUGUGAGGAGGGAGCAAACACACGAUGAAGCUCCUAAACACAACACCUUCCCCCUUCACAAUAAAAGUCUGCCCCCCCGCCCUGGACUUCCUGGCCCCCCACGUCAUGGAGACAGUCUGCCUCUCAGUGUUCCCUCUGCAGGAUCUCUGCCUCACAAACUGCACUCCGCAAUGGCUGAACAAAGAGGCAGUUUCGGAGGAUCAGACCGGCAGUCGUUUCGUCCUCCUCCAUCCACAACAGCACGCAAUCAGGAGCUGGAUCCUAGCUGGUAUGUGGGUAAAGUGACCAGAGGUCAGGCAGAAGGAUGUCUCAAACAAGUCUGCAAGGACGGGGCGUACCUGGUGAGGGACAGCACCCGGCAGCUGGCCAAUCAGCCCUUCACCCUGAUGGUCUACUACCAGGACAAAGUCUACAACAUCCAGAUCAGACAGCAGAACCAGCAGUUCCUGCUGGGAACCGGACUCAAAGUCCAGGAGUCUUUCCCAUCAGUGAGCGGCAUCAUCACCCAUUACUCCCAGUCUCCUCUGCUCCUCAUCGAUGCUAAGAACCGCGGCUCCGGCCAGCAGAACCAGUGCCUGCUCUCUGACCCGGCCGGAUACUACAUGACCGGACAGAACUAGCCCUGACGGGCAAACCGUGCCAGACCGGAUUGAACCGGAUUAGUCAAACUAAGCCAGAGGGAGACCCAGCAGCCAGAAUCCAGAUUGAUUGGCAGGUGUGGCCAACAGUUCACGUUAACUGGGAGAUUUUCUUCCUCUGUGGUGAAAAUUGUCAGAUUUUUGCACACGUUGCUUCCUUUGCUUUCGUUUUUUAAUUUGGAUUUCUGUCUGACGCUCCGUCCAGCGUGAUGUUGGACUGACGCUGUUUUCCUGUUGUAUCUCAUUAAGUUUAUCCUCCGUUCAAACGAUGUGUUCAGCUGAGCUAAAUAAAGGCGCGUUUCAUGAUUGUGUUUACGA